CCAGAGGGCGCUAUAUAAAUCAUAGAUUAGAUAUUUAAUUUCUUACCUUCCUCCCGGAAGUUGGUCUCACUUGUAACACACAUGUUGAAAACAUAACGGCAUCGCGUCUAACAUGGACUUAAACAUCACGAAGACGAGUUCACAGGCUUUGCUGUCAUGUGGCAACGGAGGAGGCCUCAGAGAGAAGCUCCUCCUUAAGCCAAAGGCUGGCAGCUCCCUGCAGACAGAGAGGCUCCCGAGAAGCAGCGUGUUGGAGCGGCUGCAGAGCUUCCUGCCUCAGAUGGCCGAGGCCAACGAGAAGCUGAAGCAGCAGAUGGAGGAAGCUCCUGCUGGAUGCUUUGACAUAGAGAGCGUGGAGGAGGCGGAGAGGGUCAUAGAGAUGGACGUCGCGCUGGUGGAGCUCAGUGGUUCGGACUCCGAGGAUGAAGAGGAGACGUCGGACUCUGAGGAGGAAUCGGAUUCGGGCGAGGAGAGCGAGCUCACAGAGCAGAACCUCAAACUACCUGGAGACAAAGGCAAGAACAAAGCCAACAUCCAGGUUGUCGACCAGCAGAAAGAGUAGAAAAGUCGGCCGCACAGACUUUUGGCUGCGUGUUGAGUUUCUUUGUCCCCUCUGAGGUGAUGCAGGACAAACUGACCAAUUAAAAAAAACCCUCUGCCUCAGGUUUGAAGGGAUUUUAGCCUACUUCAGAGACGGUGAAAAGAAAGCUCCUGCGUGGGGGAGAUGCAGAUCUUACUCAUCCCUAUGGGAACAGCAGUAAAUAUUAUUUUGUACGUGUGCCUUUGGAGCCCGAACAGAUACUGUGAUGACCUCAUCCAGUCUGGCAAUCAGCUGUGACCUUCAUUGUGCAUGAUGUGUCUGGGUGUAACACUGUGGAUCACCUUGCUUUUGGUUUUCAUGAGCUUGUACACGUUCUUAUGGAAGCCGAGACUGGCCAUGCUUGCAACUGUUUUUUUUAAGGGUUCAUUUAUCUCGUUAUUUCAAGAAAACAAAAGGCCAAUUUGUCUCAGGACUGUCGGGGAGGAUUCAUAACUGAACUGAAAACAGUUGUUAGCAGAAUGUACACCUGAGAGUUCAUUUAAGCUGUUCAUUUCCUGACAGUGUGAUGCAGUGCUGACAAAAUGUAUCAAGACAAGAUUGAGAUUUAUUAAAGGAGCUCAAAGAUUCUCUUCAGGCACUUUUUCCUGGCUGCUGGCUCAUUUUGGUCAGUAGGAAGAUGAAUAUGAACUGGCACCGUGGAUUGUCCAUUAUGGGAUAAAUUAACGUGAUCUCGAGAUAACGGCAUAAAAACCAAAAAAAAAACAAUUGCAAACAGGGCCCUUCUGGGCUUCCGUACGUUCUUACAUUAGUUUAGACUAUAAACUAUUUCAUGCAGCUCAGUUGUGUUUUUUAAGAGGAAGAUGGGGCACCGGAGAAUAAAAUAAAGCCUCUGUACACAUACUGCUACAUCCAAAUUAGUAUUAAUUCAGGCUAACAUGUUAGCUAGCUUACAAUCAUUAUAACCAUGUUAAUUCUUUCAAAUUACCAUGAUGUAUUACCAUGUUCUCUGGUUCCGUUGGUGUGAUUGGUCGGAUCCAGUUUUCUCUUUUACUCAUACUGUUGUAAACUACUGUAUAUUUGGACUGGGGUUUUUUUUUAAGUGAACUGACUUUGGCACCAUUUUGUCACAUGUAGGUAUUGAAAUCAUUUUUACGAAUAUCAAAUUAAAAUAUAUGAUUACGCUAA